AUGUCGUACGAGGAGAUUUACCAAGUCACGACGGUGAAGGAUGCCUUUAUUCUCGGCCGACUCCUAUCCCAUGAGCUCACAACUCUGUCUAACCUACCCGAUGUCCUUCGUAUAUACCAAGAUAUACGACUGCCGGUUGCCACACAAAUCUCUCAAAGAGCUGCUAGCACCGGGUACAUGUACGACUUCGUGGCGCCUGGGUAUUACGAUGGCAAGGACCGGUCAGAAGAAGAGGAGGGACUUGCGCGGCUGAAAGAUGCUAUCAAUGAGAACUGGGAUUGGCUUGCACAGGAAGGAUCCUUGAGCGAAUGGACAGAGGCAGAACGCCGCCUAAAGGAAUUGGCGUCACAACCUUAGAACACGCAGUGCUAUUCCUGGGUGACCAGGUUUAGAAGUAUUGAUUGUCCUGAUCUCUAGCAGGAGCCCGUACGUAUUUUCGCCUCGCUCAAACCGUAUUACACCCUCGUCCGGCGACACACAAAUUCUCGAGACUAUGUUUCCCGUAGAGCCUUGCUAUUAAUAUUGCUGCUGGCAGUAAUAUACCUUAGAGACUCACUCACAGGGAUAACCGGAAAUCUAAGGGAGGGAAACACGAGGCACCGGCUACUGUCACUCGCAAAGAUUCCUGUCAGCUC